AUGGCACAUUCCUCUUGGUUAACCAGUCAAGGAGACCUCCUCAAUGAUGAAGAUGCCUCAUCCUAUCGUAGACUCAUCAGACGCCUUAUAUAUCUCACCAACACCAGACCCGACAUCAGUUUUUCUAUCAACAAUCUCAGCCAAUUUGUCUCUACUCCUUCCACCCUACACCAACAAGUUGCCAAUCGCAUCCUUCGUUAUCUAAAAGGUAGUCUUGGUAAUGGCAUCUUCCUCCAAAACAAUAGCAUCAAUAAACUCAAAGCUUAUAGUGAUUCUGACUCGACUAUCAGUCCUGAAUCCCGCAAAUCUAUUACUGGUUAUUCCAUCUACUUCAGUAAUUUCGUCAUCUCUUGGAAAUCCAAAAGGCAACAAACAAUCUCUAGAAGUUCUUCUAAAGCUCAAUAUUGGGCUCUUGUGAACUACAAUGGUUGA